ACUAGCGACUCAUUUCCGACUUUUUCAAAUAGGGGCCAAUGAAGAGGUGCUUUGACUCGAAUGGGCCAAUCACAGAUCGAGAAAGCCGGAAAUUUAAAGGUGGCCUCACGUUUAACGUCAUUGCUAGUAAGAACAAGAACAAGUAAUCAAUACUACAGCGAAGUCAUCGCCUUGUUCAAUAAGCAACGAAAACAAUGUCGACAACUGCUAACGACGCCGAUCGAAUCACCCAAUUCAAAAACAAGGGCAAAGAUACCAACGAAUUGAGGCGCAGAAGAGUCGAGGUCAACGUUGAACUUCGAAAGGCAAAGAAAGAUGACCAGCUUCUCAAAAGAAGGAACGUCAGUAUCUGCCCAGAUGAGCCUACGUCUCCACUCCAAGAGAAGGACCAAAAUGCACAGCCUGCACAGCACUGGACGGUUGAGGAGAUUGUGGCUGGCGUAAAUAGCCAAAGCCUUGAUCAUCAGGUGCAGGCUACCCAGGCAGCCAGGAAGCUGCUGUCCAGAGAGAGGCACCCUCCCAUUGAUCGCAUCAUCGGCGCCGGGCUCAUCUCAAACUUUGUCAGCUUUCUGGGCCUUGCAGAGUGUCCUCCCAUACAGUUCGAGGCAGCCUGGGCCCUGACCAACAUCGCCUCUGGAAACUCGGACCAAACCACCGCAGUGGUGGCCGGAGGGGCCAUCCCCGCCUUCAUCAGCCUGGUGAUGUCCCCGCACCCCCACAUCAGCGAGCAGGCUGUUUGGGCCCUGGGAAACAUCGCUGGUGAUGGCUCCAUCUAUAGGGACUUGGUCAUCAAGCACGGUGCAAUUGAACCCCUCCUGACUCUGCUGGCUGCUCCUGACCUGUCUGUGUUCUCUUCUGGUUACCUGAGGAAUGUGACAUGGACAUUGUCCAACCUGUGUCGGAACAAGAACCCUGCCCCGCCAUUGGCGGCUGUGCAGUUACUGCUGCCCACGCUGGUGUGCCUGCUCCAUCACAACGACAAGGAGGUGCUGGCUGACACCUGUUGGGCCGUGUCCUACCUGACAGACGGCCCUAACGAGCGCAUCGAGGUGGUAGUGCAGUCCGGCCUGGUGCCCCGCCUCGUCCAGCUGCUCGGCUCCGGGGAGCUCACCAUCGUGACUCCCUCUUUGCGGUCGCUGGGUAACAUUGUGACUGGCACCGAUGAGCAGACUCAGUGUGUGUUGAACUCUGGCGCGCUGACAAUGUUCCCCGCGCUUCUCCGCCACCACAAGUCCAACAUCCAGAAGGAGGCGGCCUGGACCCUGUCCAAUGUCACAGCUGGCAAGGACACCCAGAUCCAGGAAGUCGUCAACGCCGGCCUCGUGCCACUGCUGGUGGACGUUCUCAAAAAGGCAGACUAUAAGACCCAGAAGGAGGCGGUGUGGGCUAUCACCAACUACACCAGCGGGGGAACGGUGGAGCAGGUGAUUCACUUGGUCCAGGCCAACGUGCUGGAGCCCCUGCUCAACUUGCUCUCUGCCAAGGACAGCAAGACCAUCCUGGUCAUUCUGGAUGCCAUAACCAACAUCUUCCUGGCAGGAGAGAAGAUCGGCGAGGUGGAGAAGCUGUGCGUGAUGAUCGAGGAGUGUGGCGGCCUGGACAGGAUCGAGGCUCUGCAGUCCCACGAGAACGAGAUGGUCUACAAGGCAUCUCUCAGUCUCAUUGAGAAGUACUUCUCUGGCGAGGAUGAGGAGGAUGAGACUGUUGCUCCGGAAAUCACAACUGACGGCUACGCUUUCCAGAUCCCUGAGAACCAAAGCACUUUCAACUUUUAAAUGUCCUUGUUUCCUGUCUUUUUUUCUUUUUCUAUGUGUCCUGUAGUCCCUCCCAACUUCACAAGUGUACAGACAUUUCUUUGUUCUAUUACAGCCUGUAAAUAAACUUUAUUACAAUA